CUUUCCUCAUCUGGGUCUUUUUCAGUUUCCUUUACUACUUCAUUUGCCUAAAAGUAAAACCCUGAAAGAAAAUGUGGGUCAUACUUGAAAGGUGAAACCCCGGAAGAACAUGGAAUCAAUAUUCCACAAUGGCCUUGAAAGUCUUACAACACCAUUUUUCCAUCCCCCACUACUUUUGCUUCACCAGUUUUGGCCUUUUGGGUUCUUUGCUUUGUGGUUAUCACUUUCUUAAUUAAAUAAUAAUAAUAAUAAUAAAUCCCCUUGAUUAGUGUCCAGAACAGUUCAUAAAAUAAAGGAAAAAAGUGCUAUUGGGUAUCUAGAAUGGUUGUUUGCUUUACAAACACAAAGCUGUCUUUGAGUUUCUAAGCUCAGGGCUAAUGGAUGAUUAAGCCUUUUUUACUUUAUUGAGAAUCAGCUGUUGCUUCUCAUCUUUGCUUGUCUGUUGAAUUGGAUUGGGGUGGUUCAUCUUUGUUUCUUGGAUCCAUUUCUUUGAGUGAAGCAGAAAUUAGAUAGUUUGGAGGCUUAUCAACCAUUUUGAGGCCAAAAAUAGUAACGGGGUGUGGCCGUUAUUGAUGUGUUAUACUUAAUUUUUAGCAGAUGAUGGACAAUGCAUUUGUUCGUGGUCCGGAAGAUGACAGGGGAAAAGAAGAUUCACUGCAAAUUUUGGAGGAUAAGAAGGAUACAUUGGGAGACGAUGGAAUGAAUUGUUCUGAACUAAAAUCAAAACAGCUGGGGAGUCCAAUAAAUCCACAGCAUGCUCUGAUAUUAAACGUUAGAAGAAUACAAGCUGGAAAAAGUCUUAUAAAUGAUGCAUUGCUUCGAGCUGUUUUUCGCAUGGGGAAUAAGAUUCCGAGGCAUGUGGUUGCUCUAGAUGAGAAAUACCUUCGUUAUUGCCUCGAGUUGAUUCAUGUCAAUGCAGCAAAAGCAGCUCGAUGCAGUAUCUCUGUGAACUUGAGCUCCACAAAAACGAGCAUUUUAUCCAAUGGACAGAAUCCAGCUAAAAUCGUUGAUGAAAAUACAGAACCAUGGGUUGUAGGUUCAAUAAUGGGCAGCAGGAGCAUGGCAAAUAUAUUGAAGAGCCCAUUGUUAGAGAAAUCGGGUGCAUUCAAUGUCAAUCCAAGUUUGAAUGAUGUUAAAAGAUUGGUAAGUUAUGACUUAAUGAGCUCUCCGAGUGGUUUCAGUAGUUAUUUCUCAUAUAAGCUAGAUAGUGAAACAUACAUAUUGGAUGACUGUAAAUAUGGAUCCAAGACCAUGCAUAAAAGGCCUGUUUCCAUGUCAAGUACAAACUCAACAUGCUCGGAUCAGUCCUUUUCUUUAACUUCUACAACAUUUUCUCAAGGAAUGCUUCAGUGCACGUGGAAUGGUGGGAUUCCGUACUUUGUUUUCUCGCUGGAUAAUCAAAGGGAGGUGUAUGUAGCCAAUUUAGAAAAUGACGGAGCUGCUCGAAAUAAGGGUCUGGACUAUAUGUACUUGUUCCAUUCCAGCAAGAGUAGCCAUAAGGAGCAUGGGAUUAGCGAUCACGAAUUUGUUGGUAAGAUGACGGUGUCAACUUCUUUCUCAAUCUGCCCCCAAGAUUCUAAAAUCAUGGAGACGGAGUUGGUUUUGUUCAGUGGUAAUAUAACUUCUAUUCGAGAGAUCCAAACUUCAAGCAAUAAUCACAGGAAAAAUAAGGGCCUAUCGGAAAAGGUGGUGGAAGCAUUCAAGAGUAGUCAUUUGUCCAAGCAGAGCACAUUGUCUAGAUUUCGUCGAUCAAGUUCCAUAAUGGAAGAUUCUUCUUGGGAUCCAUGUCGAGAUACAGUGAACAAUUCUGAUUCACUAGAUGGGAUGAACCUUUUUGAGGAACAACUUCCAAGAAAUUUGGAAUUGACUGCCAUCGUUGUGAGGGACCAUUUCCCUGAGAAUCCUCGACCAGAAGUUGGAGGUUGGGGCUUAAAAUUUCUCAGGAAACCAGUGGCAAUGCAAAACAUCAACCCUUUGGAAGCGCCGGUUCAUUCCUUUUGUUCUUGCAAUAAUGGUGUUUGCUCAACGAGUAUGGAUGUACUAAUUCCAGCAGGUAUUCAUGGUGGCCAAAGAACCAGAAAUGGUGGGCCCUCUAGUCUUAUUGAAAGAUGGAGAUCUGGUGGACAUUGUGAGUGUGGUGGCUGGGACUUAGGCUGUCCUCUGACCGUACUCAAAUCCGGGCCAAGUAAAGGAGGUUCACCUGCAACAGAUAUGCCAGAGGAUUGCAAGCUAUUUGAUUUUUCCAUUCAGGGUCCCGAGCACGGUUCUCCGACCUUGAGGAUGACAAAUGUUCAGGACGGGCUGUAUUUGAUUCAUUUUCAAUCAGCACUCUCAGCUCUGCAGUCCUUGGCGAUUGCGGUGGCCUACAUUCAUACUCAAAGUCCCACUUUCCGACCCAAAAAUGUACAACAAUCGAGGUAGUAAGAAUGGAGAGUUGCAACCCUCUCACUGCACCAUAGUGUGCAAAUUUAUACAGUAACUCCAGCAGCGUAUCAGUAGGAAACAUAGCUGUCGUCAUUUUUAUGUUUAGUUUGACUAUUUUAUGAUGGUAAUUGUAUCCUUAAUUUCUCAUUACAAAAGAUAUAUAGUAGAACAGGUUAUAGAUGGAGUGAAUUUUAUUUACUCCAAUGCUCAGUUUGUAUGAACUAGAAAAUGAAAUUGACAGAGUUGAUGACUCUUUACUAAUUCUUCAUUUUAAAGAGAUUGAUGGAAUUAAUGAGAUGAAAUUGAAUUUCAUUUUAAA